AUGGGGAAUUGCCUUCGACAUGAUCAAUGUUCAGAUUCAGAGAUGACAUGGGGAGGUGAUUAUUGGGGAUCUCCAGGCUCUCCACAGUUGGAGAAGCUAAUCUUCACGAAGGACACAAGAAAUGGUGAGAAAAAGAGAGAAGAAGAAGAAAAAAAAGCUCAUCUAGAUGAGAUGCUAUGUGGGUCAGGAGAGAAGAAGAACAGAGUUGGAGGAGUGGCUUCUGCAACUGCUACUGUUACAGAGGUAAAGCUUACUAUUACAAGGAAGCAAUUGGAAGAGUUGGUAGGGAAGGCUGAUGCUCAAGGGAUGUCCGUACAACAGAUGCUUACACAUUUGAUGAACGUUGAUGAUAGACAUCAUCAUCAAGCUCAUCAUAGAUCUUGGAGACCUGCACUUCAGAGCAUCCCUGAGUGA